AUGAGGGAAGUAAACUUUAGCAUUCCCAACGUCAACAAGGCGUCGGUCGGUAUCACCACCGCCCUGUACGACCGGAGGGCACUCGACUGUACCUCGACUCUUCCCUUGAUCAACUCCUUGAACCACUUGGCCUAUCUGACCACGUCAUCUGCACGCAUCCGCGACAUCCUCACCGUCGAUGGCGGCAUCGAACGCUUGGUUUGCAUCCUUAAGCGCGGCAGGAGCAAGGACAUGAUGGAUAUGUGGAAGUGGAACCUGGCCUUCCAGUGCGUGGUCAACAUUGGCGUUAGAGGUACAGAAAAUGUGCGCACACGCGUAGUGGAAGCAGACAUGGUCCCCGUCAUUGCCACCAUCCUUGACAACUACAUCAAGGUCAUUGAGAAAUGCCGCGAAAAGGCAGAAGAAGCCAAAGACAAAGAGAAGGAACACCACAGGCACAGGAGUCAUGAGCAUCGCAGCGUCACCAAGGCGUCUUCCUUCACCAAUCGUUCCAGCCGGGUUGAGGCUGAUCAACGGAGUUCGCGCCGACAAGCGCCGCCCCCUUCGAUCGACGUGUCCGCUACAUAUGCAGGCCCUUCAUCUGCUGCCACAACACAAAACGACGUGACGCCCACAGGAAAUGCUCCGCAAUUUGCCGUCCCAACGGCAACUGAAAGGCACGCUCUCCAGGGCUCUCACCGUCAUCAUCAUCACAACCAUCACCACCAUCAUCACCACCACCAUCACUACAGGCCGACAGAGUCCCGUAGUGGCGUGGCUAGCACAUCUCGCCAAGUCAUUCAACCUCUCGCAACAGCUAUACCACCGCCGCCACCUGUCGAUGUUGCCGAUGCUUUCGUGCGCCCGGUUCGCGAUGUCGACCGCCUGGCAUCAAUGGCUCCCUUUGGACCGCUUGGCCUCACGUCACAGCCGACAUCUCCUACGACACCUCUACCACCACCGCAGUCUCGAUCUCCAUCGGUCCGGCCCCACUCGAUCCUGGGCCCUAACAGCCGUGCGAGGCGUCGACCCUCGAUUAGACAUCAGAAUUCAACUGCUGACUCUGACGAUCUCGUCGGAGACGUGGCGCAAUCAGACGAGUCCCCAGCCGAUGCAGAAAUGUCCGGAACCGGAGAAAUUCCGCCUGCUGUCAACAUCCAGGACAUCACAAUGGAAGAGGGUGAAAAUAUUUUGGCAGGCUCUGCUGCCAUUGAACUGACGCCUCCGACUGUUUCUGAAACCCAGGAGACUGGUGCUUUUAACAUUACACACCGUGGCCCAGUCGAUGGCAGCAUUGCCAACAACGCCGCUCCUGCGACAGUACCGCCUAUGGGGCUUUCGCCUAAUCGACAGACCAUGGUCACUCCUCCUCAGCCUUCGCUACCGAACGCUAGUGUGCCUCGUUAUCUACUUGACCGCCACUUCGUUCCCAAUGCACAGAUCCUGGCAUCCAUGCCUCGCGAAGAGGAUGUAUUGAUGUCCCUUCAGCUUCUGGCAUACGUUUCGAAGUACUGUGGCUUGCGGUCAUAUUUUCAAAAGUGUCAUCUCGUACCCAAGUUGAAGAUGGGCAAGCAGCUACGCUAUUUCGACGGGGACGAGUCAGUGUUGGAUUCUCCUGACGAAGAAAAGAUGGAAGAGGAGUAUCUCCUGCCCAACGACUUCAACAUCUUCCCACUUGUGGAAAACUUUACAGUGCGGCACCACAGUCCAGACAUGCAGUAUUGGGCUGGCGUGGUGAUGAGAAACCUCUGUCGCAAGGAUGACACGCGCGGUGGCAUUCGUCAGUGUGCCUACUACCAAUGCGGCAAAUGGGAGGAGUUCACUCGCCAAUUCGCUAAGUGCCGGCGCUGCCGCCCGCACAAAGUACUGCAGCAAGGAAUGUCAGAAGAGUGCAUGGGCUUUCCACCGACACUGGUGCGUAGCUGCAUCACAGUAAUGUGGACAAUGAGGAUGGCUUCCCUGCACAAUCAACUCCUCUUUCCUCUCUGAAGUGUGUAUAGCGGCGUCAUGUUUGAUUUCUUUUUUUUGGCUCCACGCGCCGGCGGCCAUUGCAUUGCAGGACAGCAUUUUCAUCUGCAUGGCGUUUUUUUCUCGAUACCACGGUUUCUUUUUUCAAACAAGCAUUGCG